AUGGCACCUUAUGAGGAGCUAUAUGAUAGAAAGUGUAGGUCCCCUCUGUGUUGGACAGAAGUUAGAGAAGCAAAGUUACACGAUGUAUACCUGGUGCAGUACACUUCAGAGAUGAUCCCUUUGAUCAGAGAAUGGUUGAAGAUAGCCUUCAAUAGACAAAAGAGCUAUGUAGACCCUAGGCGAAAGGAUGUAGAGUUCGCAGUGGGUGAAUAUGUAUUCUUGACGGUCUCUCCAAUGAAAGGAGUCAUGAGGUUUGGGAAGAAAGUAUUCCACAUCUCCAUGCUGAGGAAGUAUGUUCCUAACCCUUCACAUGUGCUGCAACCAGAUGUAGUAGAGUUGAAUGAGAACCUGACCUUCGAGGAGCAGCUUAUAGCCAUAGUGGACUAUCAGAUGAGGCAGCUAAGGUCAAAGCAGAUCCCUAUGGUUAAGGCUUUGUGGAGGGGCCAGUUAGUGGAAGAAUGCACUAGGGAGUCAGAGCGGGACAUGCGCAGCAAGCAUCCAUAUUUGUUCAAUAUGUAA